AUGCAAUGGUGGUCCCCUGAUCUGACGCAGCGUCGUUCUCUUUGCUCCUCCCCAGCCUUGCUUCCUUGCACCAGUAGGGCUUCUUGGCCGCAAGGUAGCUCAACCGCGAGCAGCGGUCGGGGCCCGCCGAAGCUGCACUCUGCGUUCCCUUCGACUCCUGCAUUGAUCUCCUCGGUAUCUGAUCUCUUCGAAUUCAUAUGCGCCGGUCCGUUGAUGAACAAACUGGGCUACACUCCGGAGAAGGUUGGAGAGAGAAUCGAUGAGUGGUUAGAGUGCGGAUUGAAUCUCUGCAGGCUGUUCAGGUUGGAUGAGCUUCGAUUGAGCAUACCUCAGAAAGCCAGACUUUACCACUACUACAUCCCUGUGUUCCUCUGGUGCGAGGAUCAGAUCGAGCGUCACAGGUCCACGUUCAAAGACGGCGAGGAGAUCCCUCCUUUGGUGGUACAGAGAUCCUGGAACACCUUGCUCAUUGAUCCCUCUGUGUUUUCUUCAUUUCGCAAUCCUUCUGCCCUAAAUUGCUUGAGUCUAUCUGAAAAAUUUCUUCCCGAUCAAGUCUAAUAAAAUGAAAAUUUCUUCCCUGAAUGUGUUCUUCAUACAAUUCGAUGCCUCGUCAUACUCACUAUGCUAUACUGUUCUUCAUGUUGUGAGCGAAGUGGGAAGGAAUCAGACAGUGACCCACCUUUAGAUUUGUCUUCUACAUGGCAGAUCGGCGUCAGUGCUCCUCAGGGCAGCGGGAAGACCACUCUUGUAUUCGCCCUUGACUACCUUUUCCGGCGCACUGGCAAGUCAGUUCAUAAAUUUUUGCGACUAAUUGAAACUGGAAGGCUUUUCAUCUCUUGGUGUGAUGAAUGGAUACGCUUGUUGUUCAUGGAAAAUAACUGAUAUUGUCUAAACUUUAUCACCAGAAAAUCUGCGACGCUAUCGAUUGACGAUUUCUAUCUGACCGCGGAGGGACAGGUAGUGGGCGGGGUAUUUUCCUUGAAGAGUAAGAUUUUCCUUGGUGUUUUUCAUUUCUUGAUUCGUGGUGUGUUUUCUUUUCUUUUUGUCUGGAUUUUCUUCCCUAGGCUGAUCUCAGGCGCAAGAACCCUGGAAAUGCUCUCUUAGAGGUAUUGAGAUUGUCUCAUACUCCAUUCAUUAUCAGAGAUCAUGGCGCCAUGUCAUAAUUGCUUCUAGUGCUUUGACUUUUUCGCAUCAUCAUCGAUUUCAGUUCCGUGGAAAUGCCGGAAGUCACGACCUGCAAUUCUCAGUCGACACCCUCACAGCUUUAAGCAGACUGACCAAAGAAGGUUCUCUCUCUCUCUCUCCCUCCCUCCCCAAGAUAUUUCUUUUAUUUCUGGAUGAUAAUGUGAUCGGGGUGCGAAUGCUUUUAUCAGUUGAGUGUGGAAUUUUGUAUGUUGUUCCUGCAGUAGAAGAAAGUCCAUUUUCUCUGGUUAUUCGCGUUGAUAUUCUGGUGGAGAAGCAUGCCUAUUCACUGAUUUUAACUUCGAUUAUUGCUUGAAAGUGCUGACUGCGAAGUGAAAAUUUUCAGGUGAGAAGUUCAAACUUCCUCGUUAUGACAAGGUAAGCCGCUGUGGGAUCCGCGGUUCCGCUAAUAUACCAUAAUAAAUAAAUAAAUUUCUUGUGAAGAUUUUUACCAUCUCAUCCCAUCUGUUCAUGGCAGUCGGCGUAUGGUGGGAGGGGGGACAGGGCUGACUCUUCGGCAUGGCCGGAGGUCGAGGGGCCUCUAGAUGUAAGUGGGUGGGAUUUUGAGGGGUGAAAUUAACAGGCGGUCGUUGACUUUAGUCAGCUGUUGUUUCAAUUCUUCGGUCAACCAGGUCAUUCUAUUUGAAGGGUGGAUGCUUGGGUUCAAACCCCUUCCGAAUGAGGUGGUGAGGGCGGUCGAUCCGCAGGUCAGUCGCUAGAAGAUCCAUCCUUUUUGAAGUAACAGUCGCCUCUCAUGAUCAUUUAUAUAUCCCAUGAAUCAUCUGCACUUGCAGCUUGAAGUGGUCAACAAAAACCUGGAAGCUUAUUUUGACUCGUGGGACAAGUUCGUUGACUCGUGGAUCAUCAUCAAGAUCAGGGACCCAAAUUGCGUCUACCAGUGGCGAUUAGAGGUCAGUUUCUGUGUUACGACAUGACGCCUGCUAGGUUGACUUUUUCGGCUGAAGCCCGCGUUUCUCUCUCGUCAUCAUCUCAGGCAGAAGUCGCCAUGAGGGCAGACGGGAAGCCCGGUAUGUCCGACGAAGAGGUACUACUUACGCUCUUUCAUCUUUCUAACUGACCUCCUCCCUCGUCCGAGCUCUAACGAGCUAAUCUGGGAAGAAGAUGGUAGCAGGAAUCUUUUUUUUUUUCGUUUUUUUCUGGGUUGAGAUCCCAUAAGAACAAAAAAUAAUAAUAAUAAUAAACCCUUUGCAGGUGAUGGAUUUUGUGUCGCGGUACCUGCCGGCCUACAACGCCUACCUGCCGGUUCUCUACUCCGAGGGCCCCAGGGGGAUGGACAGAGAUCGCCUUCUCGUCGUCGAGGUCGACGACGGGAGGAACCCCAUCGCCGGGAGCUGA